GAAAGACCAAAAGGAAGAAUCUCUCUCAGUUGUGCCGGAACUGUCAGUGUGUGAACAACGCUGUUCCGAGGCUUCCACGUCCACCCAACACCUCAACCUCAACCAACCGCACGACGAACAGAGACUGUAAGGAGGUACACAUCCAUAGAAGCCUGAAGGUGACCCAGCGGUGUGAGGCAGCAGUUGACGAUGCCAUCACAAGUGUCCCAAUAAGUAAUACCGGACAAGUGUGACUUAAACAAGAUUCCAGUUGACUUCAGAGGCACGGCGCAGUAGUGGCCCCAAAAAAACACGCACCCCACAUUGAAAGGAAAUCCCACAGAGGUGACACAGCGAGAAAGUGAUCACCCAUCAUGGCGGAGGAGGGUUGAAUCCUUUGCCACAUGUCAAUGGGAUUUAAGGUGUGCAGGUCUGUGUUCGUGUGCCUUAGUGUUAUUGCUUCGAACUGAGUACAGAGAACAGCUGUAGUAACGAUUUCUGGUGUUGGUGUGGCGUUGUCUUUUGUAAUUUGCUGCUGUUGUCGUCCUUGUUUGUGUUGGUGUGACGCGGCAAGUCAGCAUGGCUCGCCGCUGGGCGAACCUGGCCUGGGUGACGGCGGCGCUGCUGUUUUUGAUGGCAGCUCAAGGUCAAGUGGCUGCAAAAAACUCCAGCAGUACAACACCAUCAAUUCCCACCUCCGUUCUUACAUCGCUUCUGGACACCCUCGCCAAGGCCACGGACUCAGAGCAGUGCCCUGGGAAGUGCCUCCACGCGCUGGCGGCCAUGAUGUGCAACGAGGUGGUGAACGGCGAGGACCUCUGCCCCGACGGAUCCGUGUGUUGUCGUAUCCGCGUCCCCCCAAGCAAACAGAAUCCUGUGGAAGGUGAGAGUGACGGCGCUACUGAUGUGACCACCGAGACAACCCUUGAGACGACGGUAGUAACGGAAGGAAUCUCUACGUGGGGAGGAGUUAUGGAGGAGGAAGGAGAGAAGGAGGUAUCUCCCACCCUGCGGCCCUUCAUUCAGGCCACUUCCCCUUCUACAAGACCACUGGAGGAGGAAGAGGAAGAAGAAGAAGAGCACGUAACCACAGAUAUCCCUACUACAAUCACCACCACGGCAAAGGCACAAGCUUAUGCCCCUUCCAGCACACUCAGCGUGUGCCCUGGUGUAUGCGUCGCGGACAGGAUAUCCUGGCACUGUGAGGCGGCGCUGGAUAUACCAAAAUUCUGUCGGGAGGGGCUACGGUGUUGUGUGCCAGGAGAUCUGUUUGCCUCUGUCGACGUACCCCCAAAGGAAUUUGUCCUUCUCAACCCAAAACAGACAGAGGAAGGAGGGAAGGAAGGAAAAGGGGGAGAGAAAGAGAAAGCUGAGAUGGAGGAGUCGUUAAAGAAUCAGGAAAAUGAUCGAGUAGAUAAUGCCUCUACAUCCACGACUACAAGUAUGACCGCUUCUGCUUCCACUAUCACCACACCCCGUACCACCGUUUACACCGGCCCCCCAUUUCGAUCCUCUUCACGCCCAACACUACCCUCUAACAUUCCACCUAAACUGCGCUGCAAAGGAACCUGUAUUGUUACUUUCUUUGCUUUCAUCUGCGAUGAAGUAGACUGGUCAGGUCAUUGCCGUGGUGCCAGUCGCUGUUGCGUUUCGAAACGUCAGCGUCCAGAGGCAUUAGAGAAUAUUCCAGAGAAAGGAUCCAUCACUAAAGAUACUUCAUCUACCACCACCAUCACACCAACUACCACCACCACCACCAUACCCUCCACAACCACCAGUACCAGGACGUCUGCCCUCCCACCCUGUCCCGGGACCUGCCUGCCUGCACUAGUGUCUUCUUUUUGUAGUCAACCUUCUGUUCUGGUAGAAGCAUCGGGUUGCAAGGAAGGCACAGUGUGUUGCGACGACCGGGAGGAGGACGAGUCCCUUCAGUCACCCCCGCCACCACGUCAAACCCCACCUCCUCACCUGCCCUCCUCUCGUCCCCCACCCUCAUAUGGACUAGACAUUAUCACGCCCUUCUUUUAUGGGCAGUCACCACACCAUCGCACACCUGUUGAUCGAAGACCUCUACCACCUCCGCGUCCACGUCCCACCACGACGACAACGACGACAACUACAACGACCACCACCACCACACCACCACCCACCACUGAGGCACCGGACUUAAGGGAAGAGUGUCCCGGGACCUGUAUCCAGCCGUUCCUUUCCUUCACUUGUUUCGGCAAUGCUGAGAUGACGCAAUUGUUCCGCUGCGCCAAAGACAAAACAGAGUGCUGUUCUCCCAAAUCUGCCCUGCGGGACCUGUUGCACUUCGAGGAAGUGCACAACAUUGCUAGAAACGACACGGCAUACAUCCCGGUAUAUGAUCCUGUAGUUUACCCUCCGCAUGGCCCCGAUCUCCACCACCAACCUCCUUAUCUCCAUACUUCAUACCCACAGCACUCACAUUAUGAGCUUCCAACUUAUGAGCAACUGUACGAGCAUGAACCGUAUGAUCGCUACCCAGAUACCCCUUAUGAACCAGCGUACGAACAACCCCCACCUCAGCCCUCCUUUGAACAGCUAACAUACCCGCAGACACCAGCUUACGAGCAGCCUUCACAGCCUCAAUACAAUCAGCCUCCUUACAACCAGGAACCUCCCUACGAACAGCCGCCUUACGACCGCCAGCCGUACACACUAGUCCCCAACAUCUCUGCAGGAAUUCCUCCACAACAUCUCACCACCACCCGCGCCCCCGUAAGGAAUAAGUAUGUGUGCGGGGUGAAGGGCAGUGAGCGUGAGGCGCGCGUGGUAGGUGGGGAGGACUCGCUGGCUGGCGAAUGGUGUUGGCAGGUGGCACUCAUCAAUGCUAAAAACCAGUACUUGUGUGGCGGAGCACUGAUUGGCACACAGUGGGUCCUUACUGCUGCCCACUGCGUUACCAACAUUGUCAGGUCCGGCGAUGCCGUCUAUGUAAGAGUUGGCGAUCACGACCUCACGACCAAGUUUGGCUCUCCUGGCGCCCAGACCCUGCGUGUAGCGACGACCUACAUCCACCAUAACCAUAAUUCCCAGACGCUGGACAACGACAUUGCCCUCCUGAAGCUGCACGCACACGCAGACUUGAAUGAAGGAGUGUGUCUAGCAUGUCUGCCGGCGAGGGGCGUGAACCAAGUGGCCGGAAGUCGAUGUACUGUGACGGGCUACGGAUAUAUGGGCGAGAAAGGCCCAAUCCCUCUACGAGUACGUGAAGCAGAAAUGCCCGUGGUGUCAGACAACGAGUGCGUGAGGAAGAUCAACGCAGUAACUGAAAAGAUCUUUAUACUCCCAGCAUCCUCCUUCUGCGCGGGCGGUGAAAAGGGACACGACGCCUGCCAGGGUGAUGGUGGGGGUCCACUUGUGUGCAAGGUAGAUGGUUACUACGAGCUUAGCGGCCUUGUGUCAUGGGGCUUCGGCUGCGGGAGAAAGGACGUCCCCGGGGUGUACGUAAAGGUGUCGUCCUUCAUUGGUUGGAUCAAUCAGAUUAUCUCGGUUAACAACAUGUAACUUCAUAUUUUGUCUCCUCCGCCACCAAAAACACACACACACACACACACACACACACACACACACACACACACACACACACAUACACGCGUACACAUGUACAUACAUACAUACAUACACACAACUGCUCAAAA